AAUCCAGGCUAAUGGGGAGUUAGAUGCAGAUGUUGGACAUCGUGUUGGAGUGGCUUGGGCCAAAUGGCGGUUAGCUUCGGGGGUGUUGUGUGAUCCGAAGAUUUCGCCUAGAAUGAAAGGUAAGUUCUAUCGAUCCGUAGUCAGAGCUGCUAUGUUAUAUGGGGCAGAGUGUUGGGCGGUUAAGAAGACUCAUGUGCGUCGUCUGCAUGCGGCGGAGAUGCGGAUGUUACGAUGGAUGUGUUGGAAGACAAGGUUGGAUAGGGUUUCAAACGAAGUUAUCCGACAUCAGGUAGGCAUGGCACCUGUGGAAGAUAAGUUGCGGGAAGCGAGGUUGAGAUGGUUUGGCCAUGUGAGACGGUGGGAUCCUGACGCCCCUGUGGAGCCGGGGGUCUCUUGGAAACAGCCUCCCUACUUCCGAGUAGGGGCAAGGUCUGCGUACACACACCCUCCCCAAACCCUACUGUGGUGGGAUUCACCUGGGUUGUUGUUGUUCGUUAUUGGGUUUGAUGCAAAGCUUCGAUUCCACGGAUCUAGUAGCAUCUCUUGGAAUAGGAAAGGCACUUCUACAUGCAAGAUUUCUUUUUGUUGAGAUAUGAGAUAUCUAUGCUGAGGGAUGGUGCCUAGGAAUGGCGAAUUUGGGUGAAACUCGAGAGUACUGUAUUAGGCCAAAAUUGCUUCUCAGAGAUUUCUUCAUAUUGGCUAGAUUUUACAAAUCUUUUAAAAUCAUGAUAAUGAAAUACAUAAAAAUCU